AUGGCAGUUGAAAAAUCUAAUGUGGCAGUCAUCUUUGGAGUCACUGGGCUUGUUGGGAAAGAGCUUCUCAGAAAGCUCCUCUCAAAAUCCAAGUGGAAGGUUUAUGGUAUAGCUCGAAACCCUGAUCAGAUCAACCCAAUUCAAAAUCCCAAUUACCAUUUCAUCUCAUGUGACCUUUUGAACCAUUUAGAAACCCUAAAGAACCUCUCUUUGUUACAAGACGUGACCCAUAUUUUUUGGGUUACAUGGGCUACCCAAUUCCCUUUGGAUACCCGAGAGUGCUGUGAGCAGAACAAGGCCAUGAUGUCCAAUGCCUUGAAUGCUAUUCUCCCAAUAGCAAAUUCAUUAAGGCAUGUCUCUCUCCAAACAGGGACUAAGCAUUAUGUGUCUCUCCAACCCCCUUUCAAUCAAAAACAAGUUUGUUACCAUGAUGAAGAUUGUCCAAGGGUGAGUACUUCAGGCUGCAAUUUUUACUAUGUCCUAGAGGACUUGCUCAGGGAGAGACUGGCAGUGGCGGUGGCUGGCAACGUGGCGUGGUCGGUUCACCGGCCUGGUUUGAUCAUGGGUAGUUCUCAGAGGACUUUGUACAACUUCAUGGGCAGUUUAUGUGUUUAUGGGACAAUUUGUAAGCAUCUGAAUCUCCCUUUUGUGUUUGGAGGGACGAGGGAGUGUUGGGAAGAGUUGUGCAUUGAUGGCUCAGAUGCUCGGUUAGUCGCUGAACAGCACAUUUGGGCAGCUACCAAUGAUCAAGUACAUUCCACUGAUGGCCAAGCAUUCAAUGCCAUCAAUGGACCGCGCUUCACUUGGAAGCAAAUCUGGCCACAGAUUGGAUUGAAGUUUGGAUUGGAAGUGCCUGACAACAUGUUCUCACCGGACUUUAUGUUUUCGACGGCAAUGAGUGAUAAGGGAGGGAUAUGGAAAGAGAUUGUAGAGGAGGAGGGACUUUUUCAAACAGAGAUGGAGGACUUGGCUAACUGGGGAUUUCUGGAUGUUCUGUUCAGAUGCCCUGUGAAAAUGUUGGGGACUCGAGAUAAAGCUGACCGGCUCGGUUUCACGGCAAGGUUUAGCACACUGGAUUCAAUUCUGUAUUGGAUUGAUGAGAUGAGAGAGGAGAAAAUAAUUCCUUGGAAGGAGAUUUGACUUUCAUGUGGAGGAGGAUGUGGAGCUCCACAAAGUGGCUUUCUUGCAAGAAUAAACUAGUGAGGAAGUUGUU